CGUGGAUGGAGAGUGAGAAGAAGCGGAUUGAUAAGAUCGUCGUCGCUUGCACUUGAGCGAAGCGGGCGCAAAGGUGGUCGAAGAAGUGGGCACUACCCUUCUUUUUUUGGACGUAAAGCGAAAUCACUUCGGGAGGGACUUCGAGAACAGACGGAGUAUCAAGGAGGAAGCUGUCACCGGAGGCAACACAGGCGUUAUAGACUUGACGAACGCGAACGAAGGAACGGACAAAAAGGAGUCUAUUGUGGGGGAAAAAAAGGCUUAAAGAAGUUGUGUGCAAGGGGGGAGGGGCGGGGAGGGAGAGUGUAGUAGUGGAGUGCUGUUUGCAGUUGGUUCUGUGCUGUUCUGGUGAGCUAGGAACAGGUCACAGGAUGCCGCAGCGGCACUCGAAGAACAACAACGACCUUGCCUUUUUCACGUACGAUGAGAGGCGAAAACUUGGCUAUGGAACGCAGAAGGAGAGACUGGGAAAGGACUCGUUGAAGGCGUUCGACGCCUGCUGUCUAUGUCUCAAGGCAGUUAUAGAGCCUCUGUGUUGUCAAGCAGGCCACAUUUUCUGCAAGGAGUGCAUUUAUGAAUGCUUGUUGGCGCAGAAGAAAGAUAUCAAGAGGAAGCAAGCGCUGUACCAGGCGCAGACAUUGAAGGACAAGGAGUUGCAGGCGGAGAGGGAGGCGUCCGAGCGGGCACGGGUGCUGGAACAGUUCGAUCGGCAGAACAACAGGGCCGUCCCCGGCGGUGCCGGAAAGGUGCAGCAGAGCCAGCACGAGCAGGACACCCCGUCUCGGUUUCACGGAGCGAAUAGCGUGAAGGUCACGGCGUACGAAGAGGAGGCAUUGCGUACGAUGAAGGCUUUCUGGCUUCCGUCCGCGACUCCCGAAGCCCCCCAAAGGGUUGAAAAACCGGUCGACCACACCGUCUGUCCAGAGGGAAAGGAGAAGCUGAGACUGAAGGAUCUGUUUGCUUUACGGUUCGACGUUGUGCCAAACCGGGAAUCGAAGACGAUUGAGCUGGGAGGCGACCGUUUCCGUUGCCCAUCCUGUGCGACCGUGUUUACGAAUUCGUCGACGCUGGUUGCGAUCGAAACUUGCGGCCACGUGCUGUGUUCCAGAUGCACGUCGAAGUUUGUCGUGUCGGAUAAGAUGUGUUGCAUCUGCAGCGUUCCGUGCAAGUCGCGCCAUCUAGUGCAGGUUCAGAAGGGCGGGACGGGCUUUGCAGCGCAUGGCGACACUCUGAAUGCUUCGGCACUGAAGUUGGUGGGCAGCGGGAGCGGGCUUGGCGACUCGCGACCGGCAACGAAGUUGUGACGACGCCGUGUCUUGUCCUUGUUGCAUUGCAACUCUGAUUCAAAAUUUUCAUUUUCUGUUCCUGUUUUUCUGUUCAGAUGUAAAUAUGUUCAACACGCAUUUUGAGUUCAUUCUCCUUAAGUUUGUGGUUCGUGUGUACACGCUUGUAUGUAAUACUACCUUCUUCCCCCGAAUACAACGUAUGGUCAUUUUUGCUGCAUCUGGAUUGAAAGUUUCAAGACCAAAUAAGUUGCUGAAAAUAGCUACCAGCCUACCACUGAAAUAAUUUAUUAAAAUUUAAGAGUACCUACCCUAAGCUACCCCCUAAGCUAUCCCCUAAGCUACCACCUAAGCUAUCAAGGAAACAUGGCAUCGAUAUGGAGCGCUGGCUAGUUCAGCACCUACUCCUACUCCUACUACUCCUCCACUCACCACCAGCACUGCAGCAGCAGCAGCACCACCAUCCCUUCUACUCCUGUUAAAACAGCAACAGCAGGAACAACAACAGCAGAGACAAUAAUAAUGACAACAAUAAACACUGAUUGAUGGAAUAAAAAAAAUAGGAAAAAAGGAAAUCCUAAACUUUUGUCUGUUCUCACGGACUCUCACUGCUAUGGCUGAAGCUCACACGAGUCUUAGGGCAUACUCACACUGGACUUACCUGCAUGAUCAAACUGCAAACACGACUAGAUUCAGCUGAAAAAAAUGCUGGCGAGAGUAUGCCCUCACUCCUCGAAACAAUCGUUGUAUGCUCGCUUGCUUGCUUACAGCAAGUGUGCAAGUCAAAAAAAAAAAAAAAAAAAAAAAAAAAAAGAAGUCAAGUGUGCAAGUCCCUUGCUCAAUCGAGACUCUCUCUUCUGCUGAAAAAGCCCCUCUUCUCAAGGAAGAUGAAGAAGAAGACGACAAAGAAAAACUCCAUAUCCUUCUCCUUGCUGCGAGUCUUCCCAGAAAGAACGCUCGCCAACUGCUCAGCACCCACAUAGCCAAGCUUUCCAUGCCUCUCGAAGUCUAUCUAUACUCUCUAAGCUUUUUGAUGGUGUGCACACUACCUGUGACCUUUCCACAUGCUCCAUGUCACAACCGGUGGGGGUCUUUAACAUCCUUCAACAAAGAGAAAAAGAAGAAUUACACAAAUUCUCGCUCUUGUGAUCUUGAUCUCAGUCAGCCGCAGCCAUCCUCCCCUCGUGUUUGGACUUCAAACCUCUGAAAACAUUUCCAUACGACUUGAGCUUUCUUGGUGAGCUCACGUUCUUCGUUCCUUCCUUGCUUCCUUCUUUCCCUCCUUCCCUCCUUCCCUCCUUCCCUGUCAACCUCAGCCAUUGUCCCCUCGUGCUCAGACUUUAAACCUCCAAAAACAUUUCAGCAAAUUUCGAAGCUUUAUUGCUGAGCUUUGAAACUA